AUGACUAUAUCGGACGACGAGGAGAAGAAAGACUCGACCGAGUUGACAUACCUCGAAGCGAGACCAUUUCUCGUGGACGUCCAAGAUGAAGAAAAAGGAGAAUAUGACCCGACGACAAGCAACACUUUGGCUUCAAUGCACAAGACCGCCAACCAAGGCCUCUCCAAACGUUUCUGGAUCGCGGCUGGUGUCAACUCCCUCUCAACCGUCGGCAUCGUAUUCACGAACAAACUCCUCUUCACCAACCCCUCCCUCCGGCACAUCCAAGUCCUCUUCGCCGCCUUCCACUUCACCCUGACCUACCUCUUCCUCCACCUCGCCUCGACGCCGCACCUCCCCUUCCGCCUCUUCACGCCCAAGCCCUUCCCCUUCCUCACAAUCCUCCCCCUCGCCCUUGCCAUGAUCGGCAACGUCGUCCUCAUGAACGCCAGCCUCGCCUACUCCAGCAUCCAAUUCUACCAGAUUGUCCGCGUCCUCCUCACGCCCUGCGUCGCGCUCCUGAACCUGCUGCUCUACGGUCUCACGAUCCCGAUGCGCGCGGCGGGGAUGCUGGUGCCCGUGUGCGUGGGCGUGGCGGUGGUGAGCUAUUUCGACGCUUUAUCCACAACAGCGCAGGUCAAGGAGACGAGUCCGCUGGGGGUCUUCUUUGCUUUCAGCGCGCUUGGGGCGAGUGCGAUUCAUACGGUGUGGAUUGGGAAGUAUCAUCGCUCGCUGCAGUGUUCGAGCAUGCAGCUGCUGAUGAAUCAGGCGCCGGUUAGUGUUGCUCUUAUGGUGUAUAUUAUUCCGCUUGCGGAUGAUGUUUCGGGGUUUGUGCAUGGGGUGGGGUGGAGAGAGGGAGGGCUGAUAUUUGUCAGCGGUGGUCUGGCCUGUCUGAUCAACCUCUCACAGUUCUUGAUCAUCAACGAGGCAGGGCCCGUGAGCAGUACGGUCGUGGGACAUUUCAAGACUUGUUCGAUUAUUGCGAUGGGGUGGAUUGUUAGUGGGAAGCAGCUCAGGGAUGGGAGUUUGGUUGGGGUGGUAUUGGCUGUUGGGGGAAUUAUCUCGUAUUCGUACGUUACGCAGAGGGAGGCAAGGAAGUGA